CGCCCCCGCCCAGCAGCCGCCCCCUCCCCCCCCCACGGGGGGGCCGCGGGGGGACCCAGCCCUCCCCCGCCCCACGAGUGGCCGAUGCAUCGCGCCGUGGAGCCCCUGGGGGGCCGGGCCGGACGGGACCCCUUCGCCGUGGGGAGCCUGGGCUGCGGCGGGGGCUGGGCCGGCUGCCCCCCCCGGGCCUGGCUGCCGCCCCCCAGGUGCUCCUCCAGCCUCGGCCCGGCGCCGCUGCCCCCCCACCUGACGCCCCCCCCCAGCGGAAAUGGGGGGCCGCCCCUCCCCCACAAGGCCUUCUACCCCCCGGGAGCCCCCCCCCGGGCCCCCCUGGACCCCCUCCAGGGCUGUGUCCGGGCGCUGCAGCCCUGGGACCCCCCCGGCCCCGAGGCCACCCCCGAGCUGGAGGAGCCCCCGAGCUGCCACCACGGGCGGCACCGCGGCCACCGGCCCGGGGACAUCGGCCACCGAGGGGACAUCGGCCACCGCCAUGGGGGGGACGGCGGCCACCGCGGGGACGUCAUCGGUGGCCACCGAGGGGACAUCGCCGCCCGCAUCGGGCGCCUGCAGCAGGCCCAGCUCUGGAGUUUCCCCCCGGGCCCUGUGUCCCCCCCCCGGGCUCGGGCCCUGCCCCCCCUCCAGCAGGUCUGGAGCCUGCUGCACCCUGAGAAAAGGACGUUCCCGGCCAAAAGGGGGGGGGCGCAGCUGAAGAGGGGGGCGGCCCCCCCCGACCCCCCCGCGGGGCAGCCCCUCCCCCCCGCCCAGCCCCCCCCGCCCCCCCCCGAGGACCUGCCCACCCCCCUCAAACGGCGCCGCAGCGGCAGCCCCCAGGGGGGCUGUGGGGCGCUGCCCCCCCCCGGGCCCCCCCCUGGGCCCCCCCCUCCGUUCCCGCUGCCCCCGGGGCUGUGGAGCCCCCUCCCCCCAGCCGAGGCCUGGGCCCCCCCCCGGCGCCACCCGGACAGACAGGAGCAGCGGCUGGUGGCCCCCCCGUUCCCGCCGCCCCCCCCCGUGCCCCCCCGGCCGUCCCCGUGUGUCCCCCCGGGUCCCCUCCCAAGUGACCUUAGGGCCAGCGGGGCCGGGGGGGCGCCCCCCGCCCCCCCCAGCCGCUCACCAGCAGCACCGACCGCCUGCGUGCCUUGUGCCCCCCCCCGGGCACCCCCCCGGACCCCCGCCACCAGCACCCGCCCCCCCCGCGGCGCUCCCGACCACCGCUACCAACCUCCGGAGCCGCCGGGGCCGGGGGGGGCCAGCGGGGGGGUCCCCGCCCCCCACCUGCCCCCCGCCCCUCCCCCCUGCUGCGCCCCCCAGGAGCCACUCCCCGCCCCCCCCCUGCCCUGGCUGAAGGACCCGGGGGGGGGUGACCCCCUGGACGAGAUCCUUUUCGGGGGACCCCCGCCCAAGGGGGGGGCGGGGGGGGCUGAUCCCCCUUUGGGGGGGUCGCCGGGAUCUUUCCCGGACCCCAGCACCACCAGCACGGGGGGGGGCGCCCCCCAGACCCCCCCUUUCCCUUACCCGGACAAGGAGGAAGAGGAGGAGGAGCCCCCCGCCCACCACCACCAACCCCCCCCCGGCGAUUUUUGGCUGGGGACCCCCCCCCACCCCCCGUUACCGCCGCCCCCCCUCUCCGAGGGCCCCCCCGAUGCCUCAGGAACUCCCCCGCGCCCCCCCCCGCCCCCAGCCCCCCCCAUUUCUUCGGGGGUCCCCUUUCCAAAGAGCACCCCCGCCCCUCCCCCCACCCCCCCGCACCCCGAGCCCCCUCCCCCGCCUUUACCCCCCCCUGCCCCGCCCUCCUCCGACCCCCCGGGGGUCCCCCCCCGCCUCUUCGAUUUCGGGGCCCCCCCCUUGGACGAUCAAUUCGAGGAGCCCCCCGAGUUUGCCAAAAUCUUGCCCGACGGCCUGGCCAACAUCAUGAAGAUGCUGGACGAGUCCAUCCGGCAGGAGGAGGAUGAGGGGGGGGUCGCCCCUCCCCCGCCCCCUCCCCCGCCCCCCCCACCCCCCCCACCCGCCCCCCCACUCCUGGCCCGCCCCAAAGCCCCUCCUUUCGGGGCCCCCCCGGGCCACGGCGACCCCCCGGACCCCCCCCGCCUUUACCCCUUCGGCAAACGGGACGACCCCAAAACCUCCCCUUUUUACCCCAAACCCCCUCCUGCCGAAAAGCCCUGCGCAGGGGGCGGGGGGGGCGGCGCCCCCAAACCCACCCCCCCUUCCCCACGCCCCCCCACGCCCCCCCAACUCGCUACCUCACCCCCCGGCUGGGGCCCCCCCGCGCUGGCCGUGCCCCCCCCGGGCCGCAGCGAGUCGGAGGCGCUGGAGGAGAUCAGCCGGGCCUGCGAGACCCUGGCCGAGCAAGCCGGCCGGCCCAGCCCCCCCUCGCCGGACACCCCCCCGAAAUUAGGGCCGGGGGGCGGCCGCCGUCACCGCCGCCCCCCCUCGCGCCACCGGGAUCUCCGCCGGGGGCCCCCCCGGCGCCGGCACCCCCGGAAAGAGGAGCGGGAACGGGAACAGCAGCAGCGGGAACAGCAGCAGCAGCGGGAGCGUCCCGUGCUGGCCACGCUGGACCUGCAGAGCCCCGGCGUGCAGGAGAAAGGGGGACCCCCCCCCAGGCUGGAAACGAAAGGGGGGGGUCCCCCCAACAACAGCAACGGCGCCCCCCCCGCGGCUCCCCCCGCGGGACCCCCGCCCGCCUUCGUCAGCUCGGCCGACCUGCUGAAGCUGCGCUCGCUGGGCGAGGGGCCCCCCAAAGAGCUCAAGAUCCGCCUGAUCAAGGUGGAGAGCGGCGCCGGGGGGCCUGGGGGGAUCCCCGGGCUCGGGGGGGGCCCCGGCGGCGACGCCUCGGAGGCGGCGGAGCCCCGGGGGCUGCCCCUGGCUCAGCUGACCAUCCGGCACAGCGCCGCCGAGGUGGUGCGGGCCAGCAAGCAGGCGCGGCUGAAGGGGCCGUUCCGCGAGUCCUACCUGUGCCCCGCGCAGUCGGUGAAGCCGCGCAUCGACGCGCGGGAGCAGCUCCCGAGGGACAAGCUCAACCCCCCCACGCCCAGCAUCUACCUGGAGAGCAAACGCGACGCCUUCUCGCCCGUGCUGCUGCAGUUCUGCACCGACCCCAAGAACCCCAUCACCGUCAUCCGGGGCCUGGCGGGGUCCCUGCGCCUCAACCUGGGGCUGUUCAGCACCAAGACCCUGGUGGAGGCCAGCGGCGAGCACGCGGUCGAGGUGCGCACGCAGGUGCAGCAGCCCUCGGACCAGAACUGGGACCUGUCGGGGACGCGCCAGGUGUGGCCCUGCGAGAGCAGCCGCUCGCACACCACCAUCGCCAAGUACGCCCAGUACCAGGCCUCCUCCUUCCAGGAGUCCCUGCAGGAGGACAAGGACAGCGAGGACGAGGAGGCCGAGGAGCCCGACAGCACCACCGAGACCCCGCCCAGCCCCCCCGACCAGAAAUCCCACCAGAUCAUCAAGUUCGGGACCAACAUCGACCUGUCGGACGCCAAGAGGUGGAAGCCGCAGCUGCAGGAGCUGCUGAAGCUGCCGGCGUUCAUGCGCGUGUCCUCCACGGGGAACAUGCUGAGCCACGUGGGCCACACCAUCCUGGGCAUGAACACCGUGCAGCUCUACAUGAAAGUGCCCGGCAGCCGCACCCCCGGCCACCAGGAGAACAACAACUUCUGCUCGGUGAACAUCAACAUCGGCCCUGGCGACUGCGAGUGGUUCGCGGUGCACGAGCACUACUGGGAGACCAUCUCCGCCUUCUGCGACAGGCACGGCGUGGACUACCUGACGGGCUCGUGGUGGCCCAUCCUGGAGGACCUGUACCGCUCCAACAUCCCGGUGUACCGGUUCGUGCAGCGCCCCGGCGACCUGGUGUGGAUCAACGCCGGCACCGUGCACUGGGUGCAGGCCACGGGCUGGUGCAACAACAUCGCCUGGAACGUGGGGCCACUGACUGCGUACCAGUACCAGCUGGCCCUGGAGCGCUACGAGUGGAAUGAGGUGAAGAACGUCAAGUCCAUCGUGCCCAUGAUCCACGUGUCCUGGAACGUGGCCAGGACCGUCAAGAUCAGCGACCCCGACCUCUACAAGAUGAUCAAGUACUGCCUGCUGCAGUCCAUCAAGCACUGCCAGGUGCAGCGCGAGAGCCUGGUGCGCGCGGGGAAGAAGAUCGCCUACCAGGGCCGCGUCAAGGACGAGCCGGCCUACUACUGCAACGAGUGCGACGUGGAGGUGUUCAACAUCCUGUUUGUGACGAGCGAGACGGGCGGGCGCAACACGUACCUGGUGCACUGCGAGGGCUGCGCGCGGCGCCGCGGGGGCGGCCUGGCCGGCGUCAUCGUCCUCGAGCAGUACAAGACCGAGGAGCUGAUGCAGAUCUACGACGGCUUCACCCUGGUGACGCCGCCGACCCCCAGAUGAGUCCUGGGCCCCCCCCCCCCCCGGGGGGACACCACGGCGGGGGAGGGGACAGGAGGGGCCGGGGGGGCCCCCCCGCCCCUCCCCCCACGAACACUUUUUAUUUAUUCACGGAGAAAUCGCCCCAAAAAUCGCCUGGAGGGGCAGGACGCCCCUCCCCCGCCGCGGGGGGGGUGGAAAACUCCGAUUUUAUACAAAAAUCCCAAUUUCUAGGAAUUUACAAAGCCCCUCCCCCGCCGCCCCUCCCCCCGCGGUGGGGGAUGGGGGGGGUCUUUCUGCUCCCCCUCCCCCACCCCCACGUUUUGGGGUCCUGUGAACUCGGAGGGGGUUGGGGGGAGGGGAGGUUCCGCUCCCGCCCCUCCCCCCUCGUCUUGGGGGCGUUUGUGCCCCUCCCCCAACACAAAGGGGCGCCUGGGGGGGGUCCCCGCCCCCUCCCCUCAGCAUUAAAGGGGGGGAGGGGCUGGGGGGGAGGGGCACUUUUUUUUUGGGGGGGGGUUCGACCCCUUGCCAAGAUUCAACCAAAAACUUGCCCCACCCCCAAAAGCAGCCGCCCCUCCCCCCCCAUACGGGUCCGGGCCGGGGGGAGGGGCACGGGGGGGGGGGGGGGAAGGGGGCAGGAUUUUUUUUUGGGGGGGUGCCCCCUCCGCCCCUCCCCCCUCGCGGGGUGGGGCUCAGGUCUCUAAAGGGGGGGAGGGGCUCCCCCCAAACCAUGGUGCAAAGGGGGGAGGGGCCUGUGCUACCCCCUCCCCCCCAAAAGGGGGGGCGGCAGGAGCCCCCCCGCGGGGGGAGGGGCCUUGGGGUGCCCCUCCCCCCCUUUCCCCGAGCCUCCUUUUGGGUUUUUGCUCUUUUUUUUUUUUUUGGUUGGUUUUUUUUUGUAAAUGAUUUUUUUUGUUGUUUUUUUUUUUUUUCUUUUCUUUUCCUCUUUUUUAAUUUAUACGCGGGGAGGGGGGGGGGGGAGGGGUCGCUUUAUUUAUUGGGGGGGUCGGGCCGGGGGUCCCCGACUCCCGGGGGGGGGGGGGGGAGAGGGGAGGGGUCUGUGGGAGGGAGGGGGAGGGGUUUUGGUCACCGUGACCCCGGUGACCCCCCCCCCCUUGUCCCCCCCCCCCUUACCCGGUGACCCCUGACCUUUGUGGGGGGAGGGGCGGGUUGUCACCCCCCCCCCCUCGCCCCGCCCCCACCCCCAUCAUGGUGCUGGGCCCUGCGGCCGCCCCGCCCCUCCCCCCCCACCCCGUGUCCCCCCUCCCCCCCCCCCCCCCUUCCCCUCCCCCCGCCGGGCCCCCGGUGUGUGUGGGGGUGGGGGAGGGGCGGGUGCGCCCCCUCCCCUCCCCUCCCCCCCCCCCCCAGAAGCUAUUUUGUACCUGAGAUUAAAUUAAUGGCAAAGCCCGACGGCUUCUUGGGGGAGGGGCGGGGGGGGGGUCCAGGGGAGUGGGGGAGGGGCAGCGAGAGGGACUGGAGGUUGGGGGGAGGGGCAAGAAAUUUGGGGGGG